AAAGUCAAUUGUAUCAUCAUUCGAUUAACAUCAUAACUACUUCAAUUUACUUAAGUAAGAGUUCAAUAAUUUAGUACAAAAAUGAAGUCUUACGCCGCCAUCGUCCUCGUCUCGAGCCUCAUUGCCGCCACUAGCUGUGCCCCACAGUUUGGAUUCGGAGCAUCCGGAGCAGGAGCCAACGCCGCAUCCCAAGGAAUGGGAAUGGGAGGAGGAUUUCCCGGUAUGGGCGGGGGCAUGAGUUCCUCAAAUGCCAACGCCGGUGCACAAGGUUUCGGAAUGGGCGGUGGAUUCCCCGGAAUGGGAGGUGGCAUGGGCGCUUCGUCCGCAAACGCUGGUGCCGCUUCGCAGGGAUUCGGAAUGGGCGGACCUUUCGGAGGCAUGGGUAUGGGAGGCUCGGCGGCCAAUGCUGGAGCGCAAGGUAUGGGCCAGGGAUUCGGUGGGUAAGAAGGGGUAUAUUAUUUAGUGAAUUAGCUAGGUGUUCAAAUUAUUUUCCAAAGAUAGUAAUUCUAUUUAUUUUUGGAAAAAGUGUAAUUAUUUAUUGAUUUAUACGUGCGUAGUAUUGCUGAAGAGAGUAAUAAAUGAAUGAAAACAAUUGCAACUAUAAGUAAAAAUGUAAUUCAUUAGUAAAAUAUGAUUGAUGACAGAACCACGUCCACAAACCGCCAUUCUCCA